AACAAGCCAGCAAAUGUUUAGAUAAAUUAAUCGUCCUUUUUUAGUCCUUCUUUUGUGUGUUCACACCCAAAUGAACGCCUUUUUCUUUACUGUUUGCCAACGAUUCUAAGCACCCCCGCGAAACCGCGAGCGGGAAUGUACAGUUCUUAGUGUGUAAUUACGAAGGUAUUUUUGUCGUGCUGCCGUGAACCGUGGGAAAAGCGGAGAACCGUGGAAUCCUUUGAGCAAAGGGUACCGCAAAAAAAGCGGAACACCCCGUGCCCCUGCCAUCUGUCUGUCUGCCUGUUUGGCUUUCGGUUUACCUGCGGUCCGGAACGAUUCCUCGUUCGCUCCAGUCCGCUGUUCCUGCCGCUGAACGAAAUCUGCUGACGAAAGGUGGCCCUCGAGGAAAGAACGGCGGAAACGGGACUCUCGGAAAGGCAUACGUGCGCGUGUGUGUGGCAGAAAUAGAAUCACGGCCAUUUUUGGCCAAUAAAGGACACCCUUUCCGAUUCCGUCUGAUGGCCGCCACGACACAUCGCUGAAGCGAAGCAAACCCCCCAACAGUGAAUGCGUUCGUAUCGUGGUGGAAGGUAUCAGUGCAUCGGAAAGAAAUCAUCUGUGGUGUGGUACCCACAGUGUCCCCGCGUGGUAACCCGCGAUUCGAUAAAGCAUCACGUGUGCUUCGUUACUGCCGUCGUAAUCAUUCAACGGCAGCAGCAGUGUGUGUUGACCGGUGGGUGAAGAGUGUUUUGUGUAAAGUGUUGCUGUGCUUGACCCGCGAAAGGUACCGCUAAAUUCCAAAUUUCCACCGACGGGAAGUAGUGCGCGUAGAGGUUUUGAAGCAGCACUCGUUGAUCGGUAUUCCGCCCCGUGGAAACAAAGUUUCAUUGUUGGAGAACCUCUCUUGGAUAGUAAGCAGCAGCAGCAGCAACAUCACCAUGCACGGACAUAUGCCGCAGCAACAUCACGGGAUGCACCCGGCACACCAGCAGCCACCGCCACAUCUGGCUCACCUUUCCAGUCUUCCACCACACACGAUGCAGCGGGACCAUCCCGCUAAUCGAUUGAACAACGUGCGCCAUCAUCAUCCGCGUGGUGUGGAUCAUCAGGCGGCGGUGGCAGCGGCCAUGGCACCACCCCAUCUGCAGAUGCAGGUACCGCCCCCUCCUGCGCCACACCAGUCACAGAAUGCCCGCAAGCCACCACCACCGUCGGCCGGGCCCGGAUACUACGCACCGAAUGGCACGAUUCACGGAGGGCUCCAGAAGCCGCCACUACCCCUAACGGCAGCUCACAUGCAUCCACCGCCUACUCUGAACGUCGGGCCGACUCCUCAGCAACAGCAGCAGCAGCAGCAUCUGCCAGGACAGCAUCCUGGUGUCGUCGUCGGUGGUAAGCUACCGUACGGAAUGGGUCAACAACAGCAGCAGCAGCAUCCGGGAAAACAGUCAGUGUCCCAUCAACACUAUCCGUCGGUAGCGAUGGCACCACCGAUACCAGUCGUGUCGGCGGCAACUCCAGCCGGUACCAAAACACGACACAUACCCUCGAAUACAGACCAAAAACAUCACCAUCACUCUCACAAUACAUCACAGCAGGCUGCAACGACGACGACGGCGACGAAUGGAAAUCUAGGUCCGGGCACGAAACCAACGACAGAGAAGCCAUCCAAAUCGUCCGGCGGUGUGAUAAAGCAUCAUCACGCAUCAACGAAGGAGAUGGCAGGCACCACCACCAAGGUCAGCUCAGUACCAGUAGCAACAGCGCCCAUUACCGUGAGCGCAAAUCUGCCCAACGCACCGGUCGUCUCGAUCAUCCCCGGGUCGGUUGUGAACGUUGUCAGUGAUGCCUCUGCCUCCGGAACUGGCACUGUUACUACGGGUGCCGGUAGCAAUGGUGGUGGCACUGCCAGUGCAGCCUCUUCGACGGCACAACCUGCAAACGCAGCAACAACGAGUGGCGAUGAUGCAAUGGCACAGGGUAGCGGUGGCCAACAGCAGGGCACCGGCCCGGCUACCCUGUCCUCUUCCAACUCGUCAGAAACCUUGGCAAACAUGAAAGAGAAAACGACAAUGUGUCUGGUGAAUGAGCUGGCGCGAUACAACAAGAUCCAGCACCAGUACCGGCUCACCGGUGAGACGGGACCGGCCCACAGCAAGCGCUUCACCGUCACGCUCAAGCUCGGCGACGAAGAGUACACGUCGGAGGGGGCGAGCAUUAAGAAGGCGCAGCAUAAGGCGGCCGGUGAUGCGAUUGCCGCCACGAAGUACAAGCACCCGCCAGCUCGCACCAACCGCCGUACGAAGAGUGGUGUCAAGGGGAACGUGGGCAGCUUCACGCCAACCGUCGAGCUGAACGCGCUCGCCAUGAAGCGGGGCGAACCGACGGUCUACAAGGUGGUGGCGGUACCGUCGACCGUCUCGAAGUACGCCCUCGCUGGUCAGCCCGGUACGGUGCCUGGAGGUGGAGCUUCCGGUGGUCGCAGGACGAUGGUUGGACCGGGGGCGUCGGCAACCGGCAUCGAUAAGCUACCGCAGACGGUCCCGGCCGGUAUGUUACCACCGUACGGUGGUUCAUCGUUACCUCCAGGAGCACCUGGUGGUGGUGGCAGGUACGGACAACCGCACAGUAUUGAUGGCGGUGGUGGUACACCGUACUGGAAUCGUGGCCCAGGUGUCGGUGGAGGGAGAGGUGGUAUGGGUGGAUUCCACCCCGGGAAUCAACCGCAGCAGCAUCAUCAGCAGCAGCAGCAGCAGCUUCAUGCUCACCAUCCUCGUGGUCCGGCCGGUCUUGGGAUCGAGGAACAUCAUCACCAUCAUCACCUUCAUCAUCACCAUCCACCACCUCCUCCGGCGCAUGUCAAUCAUCACCAUCUACACCAUCAUCAGCAUGACGCAACGGGUCAUGCAGCUGGUGGCUAUGGCGGCGGUGGUGGUGAUGGUGUGCACCAUCCUUCCAGUGCACCGUUACCAGCCCAGGAACUGUACAAGGCGACGCUGCGCGUUGGCGAACGAACGUUCCUAGGCGAAGGCCAUACACCGCAGGCAGCACGGCAUGAUGCGGCGGCGCGCGCUCUCGAAGUGCUGAAACCACUGACGGCCUCCGAGACUGGCUCCGAUGGUAAAGGCAAGCAGGGUGCUGGCGGUAGUGGAGGAACGGCAGCCGGUGCGGGAGAUGGCGAGACAGCACAGAACGGUCAUUCCGGCGAGGGUGGUGACGGUGAUCCGAACGCGGAACUCAAAUCCCCUAUCUCGCUCGUCCACGAGAUGGCCGUCCAGCGCCAGCUGUCGGUCGUGUUUGAAGUGAUCAGUGAGAAGGGCCCACCGCACAUGACGGUUUUCGUGACGCAGUGCAAGGUAGGAACGAUCGUCACGGAAGGCGAGGGUACAGGCAAGAAGCUGUCUAAGAAGCGAGCGGCCGAAAAAAUGCUCGAACAGCUACGCAAUCUACGGAAAGCGGAACAACAAGCGGCACUCAGCAACGGUGGAUCUGACGCGUGGACCGAAGGAAAGACCGGCGGUGGUAACGAGAAGCGCAAGAGCAAAUCCUCUGCUGCAGCUGCUGCGUCCGCUGCCGAUGGUUCCGGUGGUGGUGCUGGUGUGGCGACGUUGAAGAAGAAGGCACGCAAUCUGAUCAAGGAAAAGUCAGUAGCGGAGGGUGGCGUAUCGGAGAAGGAGAACCCAAUAUCGCGCCUGAUGCAGAUACAGCAGGCACGCAAGGAGAAGCAACCGGUGUACGCACUGGUGGAAGGUGAUCGACCCACCACCGGUCGUCGGAAACAGUUCACCAUCGAGGUAACGGCGGCCGGCAAGCGUGCGGUCGGUGUUGGUAUGACGAAGAAGGCUGCGAAAUGGACCGCCGCCGAGGCACUGCUGAUUGAGCUCGGGUAUGCACCGAGCCGGGCCACCGGUGGACCGGUGAACAAGGAGAACCAGUCGUCGGCAGCCAACGAAGCACCGGCAACCUCUCGAAAGGUACUGUUUAACGAUCCAUCCGAUGCUUCUGCCGGCGGUACACCAUUGAAACCAGUGAAUGGCAGCAAUCAAGGAGCAGGAACAGUACAGAAUGGCCGAGGUGAUGGCGCAAGAGAUUUGAUGAAUGACAGUACGGCCUCAAACGACAGCAUGGCCACCAACAGUUCCGGCGUGUCUAGUGCAUCUUCCGGUGGAGCCGGUGGGCAGCCGCAAACGGUGAACAGCUCGGUGCAGUCUGCCUCAUCUGCUACCAGCACGCCCUCGAAACCGGACGUCGGUCGAAAUAAGGAACAGCUUCUCUACCUAGCCCAGCUCCUAAAGUUCGAGGUUCAGUUCUCUGACUUUCCCAAAGGAAACCACGGCCAGUAUCUGACACUGGUGGUACUCACCACAGAACCGCCCCAAAUGUGUCACGGUAGUGGUGCCAGUUUACAGGAAUCGCAAGAUGAGGCGGCCCGUUGUGCGCUUGAAAUGCUGGCCAAGAUCGGACUGGACAAUGUGAAACCCAAGACGGUAUCGGCGGCCCCGGAUGGUGCCAUAGCUGCAGGUGGUGCGAGCAAGUAGAGUGGUGAAUGCGUGUGCAGUGAAGCGUGGAAUCCCGGGAGAAUAGUUUUAGUGUAUGCACAAAAGUGUUAUGGAUCACCGAUAUGUUCCUAUGGUGUGCAUGGGUCUCCAAACCCACCAUGGGAGCAUUGUGAAUGCCGGAAGGAAGACUACAGAGAGAGGGAGAGGAAGAUCAGUGGUGAAGAUUGUAUUCGCCCCUUAAUGGCGGGGAAUGCAUGUUUUUUUUUGUUAGUUUGUUAUGUUUUGUUUGAUUUUUGUCGAAACAUUUGCUAGUUGUGGGCCACACGUUACCGUACACACCAUUUCAUGGCCAUUUUUAACGCGCCAUGGCCACGUAUCGCAUGGAUGCGCUGUACACCACUACGCCAAGCUUAACAUUCGGUCUCGGUCGAGGUCCUUUGAACUGUCGUUACUGCUGGUGUCGCGUGAAACCACAAUCGAGUGCGUUCUACGGUGUCAGUAGUAGAGAUAGACAAGCUU